AUGGAGUAUAUUGAUCCUGCAAAGUACAAGAGCAUUUCCUCUGGUUUUGGAGUUCUGCUCAAGGAGCAGGGUGUUAGAGGCUUCUUUAGGGGUUGGGUUCCUACCCUGCUCGGUUACAGUGUUCAGGGAGCUUGCAAAUAUGGAUUCUAUGAAUAUUUCAAGAAGUAUUACUCAGAUCUUGCCGGCCCUGAGAAUGCUGUCAAGUACAAGACUUUGAUAUACCUUGCUGGUUCUGCAUCUGCUGAGGUUAUUGCUGAUGUUGCUCUCUGCCCUUUCGAGGCUGUCAAAGUUCGCGUCCAAACUCAGCCUGGUUUUGCCCGAGGCUUGUCUGAUGGGCUUCCUAAAUUUGUUAAGGCUGAAGGAGCUGCAGGGUUAUACAAGGGGCUUGCUCCUCUCUGGGGACGACAGAUACCAUACACGAUGAUGAAGUUUGCAUCAUUUGAAACCAUUGUGGAACAACUAUACAAACAUGUCAUCCCAACAUCAAAAGAGCAGUGCAGUAAAUCUACGCAGCUUGGUGUGAGCUUUGCUGGUGGAUAUUUAGCUGGUAUUCUUUGUGCUAUUGUGUCACACCCUGCUGAUAACCUGGUUUCUUUCCUCAACAAUGCUAAGGGGGCAACUGUCGGCGAUGCUGUGAACAAGCUAGGCGUAAUGGGUCUUUGUACUCGCGGUCUUCCUCUUCGUAUAGUCAUGAUUGGUACACUCACUGGAGCACAAUGGGGCAUCUAUGACUCUUUCAAAGUUUUUGUUGGCCUGCCAACGACCGGUGGUGCAGCCUCACCUGCCCCUGCCAAGUGAAGAGGAAAAUGUGAAAUAAUUAAUGAUGAAAAAUCUUCUCCAGUACUCAAUAUCUCUUUCAUUUACUGGCAGAGGGAAAAUGGAAAUGUUUUUCCAUCUAAAAGUUUGUUUGAACAGUGUAGGAAAGUUUUUGCAUUAAUUCAAGCUUUGCAGUAA